AUGUCUGGCCGUGAUAAGGGAGGCAAGGGUCUCGGGAAAGGAGGCGCUAAGCUCCAUAGGAAGGUGUUGAGAGAUAACAUCCAGGGUAUUACGAAACCCACUAUUCGUCGUCUGGCUCAUCGUGGGGGAGUGAAGCGUAUUUCAGGUCUCAUUUACGAGGAGACUCGCGGGGUGCUGAAAGUGUUUCUGGAGAAAGUGAUCCGAGAUGCCGUUACUUACACCGAGCAUGCGAAGCGGAAGACUGUGACUGCUAUGGACGUUGUCUAUGCGUUGAAGCGCCAGGGUCGUACUCUGUACGGAUUUGGAGGCUAAACUGUGCCAGUAAUUC